GAUCACACGCGUGCGCGCAACUUGUCAGAAAGUGCAGUAUAACCGGGAUCUGUCACUAACAGAAUUGUGUAAAAAAAUUGAGUUUGUGGUUGUCUUUCAUCAGUAUUCAAGUGUUAGGUUAAAAUAAUGUCUAAGCCGGAGCAAGUGCUUCAAAUUGAACCUCAAAAUGAACUCAGAUUCAGAGGUCCAUUUAACGCUCCCGUCACUUCGUAUAUGAAACUGACAAAUCCAUCGGACAAGAGGGUUAUGUUUAAAAUUAAAACCACAGCUCCGAAAAAGUACUGUGUACGUCCUAACUCGGGUGUUUUAGAACCCAACAGUAAUAUAGAAAUAGCAAUUUGCCUACAACCAUUCUUAUUUGAUCCUGCAGAGAAGAAUAAACAUAAAUUUAUGGUGCAGACUGUGUUUGCGCCAGACGGCGAGAUCAAUCUAGAACAGCUAUGGAAGGUUCUUAGCCCAGAACAACUCAUGGAUUCAAAGUUGAAGUGUGUGUUUGAGAUGCCAGUAGAACAGAACGAAUCUCAAGAAGAUGCCACUAAAUCUAGUCCUAAAUUCACAACUACUACUGAGGCCAAUAAUUCUGUGGUCACGGAACUACAGAAGGCCGCCCAGGAGGUACAACAACUAAGAGAAGAGGAAAGUCAGCUGAGGCAGGAGAAUUUACAGCUGAAAGAGGAAAUUUUACAGUUAAAACAGCACGUGGCCUCUGGCACGACUGCCAACAGAUAUGCGCCGCCGGUACAGGAGGAAACUAUCCCGAUGUUAUUUAUUGCUUUCUCUGUAAUUGUGGGCUUUAUAGGCAUUAUACUGGGCAAAUUCGUACUCUGAGAACGUCCACAAAGUCUUGGCACUCAGACAUGUACCAUGCCCAAAACUCCACUAUAUUGUAUAUUUAUUACAGUUAAUUCAGUAUAAUUAUCUACUGUAACAUAAAUAAAAUUUUUGUGGCCCAUUCUUCAACCAACCCAGUAUGAUUUUAAGUGGUUGUUCCCAACCACCGGCACGAAUUUAUUUAUGGUCUUAUAACUGUGGCAUUUUAAUUUCUUCUUAUAAAUAUCGAGGUAAUACACUAAAGACUAGGUUGGCCUUUCUACAGAGUGUUUCAUAUAAUAUUAUUUCGAGGUUAUUCGUUUAAAAUAAGGAAUGUAGUAGAUGUGUUUUGUUAGGGUUUUUCUGGGUUUUGUUUAUUGUAUAUAAAAAUCUGAUGUACGAAAGUGUGAGAAAUAUUGUUAUUUGAAACAUCCUGUACAUAUUUUUAAAAUUUCUUUAGAAAUACAAACUGAUAACUUCUAUGGCAGUUUUACUUACUAUUACCUGUUUUAAAUAUUUCAAGCGCCAUGUUUCUUUUGUAUUUCAUGUGUAUACAGUGACGGUUUAGAUUUAUGAUAGAGGUUGUUGUAACUGUAGGAAAAUAUAUAUAUUUGAAGCUGGGUGGAGUUUUUAAAAUUUGUGUAUAUCUUCGAACUAUCUCUGUAUACCUCUCCGUGUUAAUCAACUUUCUGGAUCUUUCGUCCUACUAAAGGAUCGCUAUAUACAGGGCAUCCCAAAAGUAUGAAAACCCUAGAAUAACUCGGAAGUAAAGGGCUAUACAGAAAAACGUUUUAUACAAAAGUUUCAAGAUUUUUUCUGAGCUAUUCAAUGAUGACCUUGAAUUUGAAGGUCAUUUCAAGGUCAAGGCCAUUUUUUUCAAAUGUGAACCCCUACUUUUUAUCACCAUUCGAAAGAGUGCAGAAUUUUACGUCUGAAUAUGGCUUUGAUCAUGACCUUGAGAUCAUGGUUAUUUCAAAGUAGAGGUCAAUCUUUGUGAGGGUAACCCAUAUUUUUUAUUGUGGGGUUGGCUUCAUGACUUUUAUUUUUUAAACCACUUCAGAGGUAAUGACCUUGAAAUGACCGUCAAGACCAAGGUCAAAUUCAAGGUCAUCAUUGAAUAGCCCGGAAAAAAAAUGCGUUUUUCCGUAUAACCCUUUACUUCCAAGUUAUUCUGACGUUUCCAUACUUUUGGGAUACCCUGUAUAACUAUGUAAUGGCUAAGGAGUACCGUUUAAUUUCAUAUCAUAGGAAAGUAGGUUAACAGAGCAUUUUUUAAGUUGAUAUAUGUGGUAAAAGUGAUCAUAUUUUAUAACUGUUAGUAAGGGUAAAGCACUUGCCAAGGUUCAUCGAUAAUGUACGACACACUUGAGUGACAGUAAUGAUGCAUUUUGUUUUUUAAAUCUAGUUUUAGGUACAUAUUCAUGAUAGUGUGGUGCUGUUACUCGAUCAUCCUGCAUAUUCCGUUGAUAUUGAAGAUAAGGCCCAUUUUAACACAUGUUUUUCUACAUUUAGUACGACCGUUGUUUUACUUCAUUUUUUAAUGUGGUUAGAUUUAGGGAAAGGAAAGACAAUGAAUAACAAUGUAGUAAAAACAACUUGGCUUGGUGCAAAUUGUUCAUAUGUAUUAUAUUUUAACACUUGUAAUGUUUUAUGCUGUUAGCCUGGUAAGUGUAACUUCAUUAAAUAAACUAUACUUCAAUAAUUUCUUCUA